UAUGCACUAAUUUAAAGUUAUAUACCUUCUAUUUUGUUAAAUCAAUUAUUUCCUAAUAAUUGUAUUGUGUACUUAUCUUCAUCCUUUGUAUUUAUAAAAUCAAUCACUUAAGUUCUUUAAAAUUUAUCCCAUUCAUAAUUCUUCUAUGGCUUGAUUAUUCUCCGUUCUUCAUUUAGCUGGGACUCUACCUCAACAAGCUUAGCUCUCGUUUCAUUGCAUUCCUUCCUAGCAUUCCCUGUCUCCCUCUUCUGGUCUCUAAUUCAGCCAGUAGCUGCUGAACCAUAUUAGAUUUUGAAGACUGAGGUCCUCCUCUAGAACCAAGCACACAUGUUUUAUUCCUAAGCACUGACUCGAAGGCAUUAUUAAUAAAUUCAGAUUAGAGGUUGAAUGAGUAAAACAAUCGAGAUGUCCUGAAGGAAGAUCCAGGUUUUGAUAAAGCUCCUUGGGUUUCUUUAACGGUUGUUGCAACAGAUUUUGCAAAAAGGUUAUUGAACAAGGAUUAUCAGAAAAUAAUCAGCUAUAAUUGCUAAGGAGCUCUUAGAGGCUAUCAGCCUAUCAGGUAUUCAACCUUUCAUUCAUUUUUUCCAUGAAAACUAUAAUUAUUGUAGAAACCUCCAUUUUUAGCAUUAUUUUUUGGUCAUUAAUGUGUAUUUGUUUCUCUAUGUUGGACUAUAUCAUAUUCUCUCAUGUAAAAAUUUCUUAUAAUUUUGUAUAUAACUCUGUGUUGGAUUUUAUUAAUCAUAAUCCAUCUUGUGGUAAAUAUUAAGCAUAAAUAGAAUCCAAUAUGUUGCAUAAAAUGUGCUUGCAUAUACUUGGUUAGAGAGUAAAUUAUAGGAUCGAAAUUUUCAUAAAUGAGUUCUAUUUGUACUUUUUUAACUCAAAAUAAGUUUGACUUCCUAAUAUAUGGUUUUUCCCUUAUUUGAUAAUCUUAUUCUGUUUGAUAUCUUGUCAAAAGGAAACAAUAAACUUUUGGAAAGAACUGAAGAAUAAGAUGCUUGAUAUGCAUGAUUUACUAUAUUCAUGUGUAAUUUGACUAUUUUACUUAGCCUCACAUACACUUAAUUAUUUGACCUUAAUAAUCUUUUCCAAUAGUUAAACAUAGAAUUGUGCAUAGUUAUGAAAACCCAUGACUCAAUACAUUCCUGGGAAAUAUUUCUAAUAUUUCCUAUAUGGAUAAGUAGUCAACUAUUGUUACUUAUUGAUUGUUUGUGAUAUUUGUGAUCAUUAUUUUACUAAUGGUUUAUUUCUUUGUUUUUAUGACUGAUGAUGGUACUAGGAAAGAAUUAUGAAAAAUUUAAUACUUGAUUUGGAAUAUUAAUGGUUUAUUGUGAAUCUUGAGAUAUGCCUUCAAGGGAUAUUAUCAGAAACUAUUUGGAAUUAUGUCUUUGUAAAGAUUUUUUAUUGUGAGAAAAAGACAGGUUGCUAUAAAGACAUGACAAGGAUGAAAGUACUUGAAUCUCAAUUAUUUGUCAUUACUGAGCUACAUAAAACAUUGAUGAUAAGAAACCAGGCUUUGGUUACUAACAAUAAUUUGAUUUGGCACUUAGAUUUUAAACCAAUUCAAACUGAAAGACCAGGAGAGUUAAUUGCUUACUACAAGAUGGCACGUAAGAAUAAUUUAGCCCAGUAAUCAUUCUUAAAGGUGAAAAGGGCUAUCUUUAUAACAACUAUUACUUUCUUUCUUUAUUUUUUCGUAAUUGAAAAAACAUGAAAAACUAUAUCAUAUUAAAGCAAAAAAUUUUAAUAAUUUUUUAUUUUAUUGAUUCUCCACUUGUUUAACUAGCAACAAUGGAUAAAUCAUAGAUUGCUAAGUCAUGAAACUCAGAUGAAUAUAUAGUUGGUCUAGAAAACUUCUUGGAUUUUGCAUUUCAACAUGGAGCAAUUGAGAAUAGUAAGAUAAUAUGUCCGUGUCCAAGUUGUAGGUUUCGCAAAUGGCAUGGUUGAAAAGAUGUUAGAGAUUAUUUAUUUUACAAACCAUUCCCUAAGAAUUAUGUCGUAUGGAACUUUCAUGGCGAGAAAGAAGUAACCGAAUUCUCAACAAGUGCACAUGUCAUGCGUGAGACAUUGGCAACUGAACAUCCCCUAGAUAACAUGGUAAAUGAUGCUUUUGGGAUACAUAUGGAUCAGAAGAGCGGUGAAGAUUCAUGCAUGAAAGAUUUUGUAAACGAUGAGCCAAGAGAAAAUCAUAGAGACUUUGAUGAGUUUCUCAAGGAAGGCAAUCAAAAGCUACAGGAAGAAAGCGACUUCACAAAGCUGGAAUUCAUAGUCAAAUUGUAUCAUAUUAAAGUCUUGUGUGGACUAAGUGACAAGGCCAUUAGCAUGAUACUUGAGUUGGUGAGGGAUGCUUUUAGUUGUGUGAAUUUGCCUACAACUUUUGAUCAGGCAAAGAAACUAAUUCGGAAACUAAGUCUUGACUAUGUUAAGAUAGAUGUUUGCCCCAAUGAUUGUAUGUUGUUCGAGGAUGAAGACCCAAACAACAUCCAACAAACAUGCAGUCAUUGUGGUGCUUCUACGUGGAAUUCUAAGAAGAAGAAGAAGAAGAAAAAGCAAGCUGCCAAGGUUGAGAUACUUUUCGUUGAAACCAAGGUUGCAAAGAUUGUUCAUAUGUCGUAAAACUGCAGAGCAUAUGUUAUGGCAUGCAACAGUGAAAGGAGAAAAUGACAAAAUGGUGCACCCAAGGGAUGGUGAGGUGUGGAAGACUUUUGAUUUGACACACAGAGAGUUUGGAUUGCAACCUAGAUAUGUUUGCUUAGGACUUGCUAGUGAUAGUUUCAAUCCUUAUAGAUCCAUGAGUUCUACCCAUAGCAUUUGUCCUGUGUUUCUGAUUCCGUAUAAUCUUCCUCCUUGGAUGUGUAUGAAACACACUUCCUUUAUCUUGUCAAUGGUUAUACCUGGCAAGCAUAGUCCCGAAAAUAAUAUAGACAUAUAUCUUAAACCACUUGUCAGAGAGUUAAAAGAAUUAUGGGAUGAGGGUAUGAAAAUUUAUGAUGCAUCAGAACAUAAAAUAUUUAAGAUUCAUGCAGCUCUUAUAUGGACAGUUAGUGAUUUUCCUGGCCUAAACAUCCUCUCCGGAUGGAACACAUAUACUGGUUUGGCUUGCCCAACUUGUAAUUUUGAUGCAAAAACUUGUUAUCUUAAUCAUAGCAAAAGAUGGUGUUAUAUAGGUCAUCGACGUUUUCUUGGUAGACAACAUCGAUUCAGAUUAAGUAGAGUUCAUUUUGAUGGACACUCAGAAGACUGUGAUCCCCCGACUAAAUUAUCAGGAUCUAAAAUUCUGGCACAAGUAGAAAAUAUUGAUGCUACAUUCGGGAAGAAAGAAAAGUUGAACAAGAAAGGAAAAAGAGGUAGGCAAGCAACUAUGCAGUGGAGAAAGAGAAGCAUCUUUUUUGAACUUCCAUAUUGGAAAACCAACUUGUUGUGUCAUAAUCUUUACUUUAUGCACAUUGAAAAAAAUGUAUCCGAUAAUAUUUUGUAUACUUUGCUCAAUGAGAAUUCUAAAUCAAAAGAUCAUCUCAAUGCCCGAAAAGAUCUACAAGACAUGGGAAUAAGGCGUGAUCUUUGGCCAGAUGAUAAUGAAAAAUAUCACCUUGCUUUGUAUUCACUAACACGAGAUGCUAAAAAGGUCUUUCUUGCAACUUUGAAGAAUGUUAGAGUGCCCGAUGGUUACUCAAGUAAUAUAUCUUGAUGUAUUGAUGAGGCACAACAAAAAAUCAUUGGACUUAAAAGUCAUGACUGUCAUAUUUUGAUUGAGCAGUUGCUUCCACUAGCAAUCCGUAAUGUGCUACCAAACCAAGUUACCUCAGUUUUGAUAGAGUUCUGCUCAUUUUUUAGAAUUCUCUGUGGUAAGAGUCUAAGUCGUACAGAACUUGAUAAGCUCCAAGAUUGCAUUGUGAUUACUCUUUGCCAUUUGGAAAUUUUAUUUCCUCCAUCAUUCUUCACCGUUAUGGUGCAUCUAACAGUCCAUCUUGUUGAGGAAGCAAAACUUGGGGGCCAGUCCAUUAUCGAUACAUGUAUCCCGUCGAAAGGGAAUUGGGACACUUGAAGUUCUUUGUACGAAAUAAAGCACAUCCAGAAGGUUCUAUUGCUGAGGGUUAUUUAGCUGAAGAGUCUCUUAUUUUUUGUUGUCGGUAUAUUGAGGACAUGGAGACUAGAUUUAACAGGUAUUUUCUGACUGAAAUUGAAGGUUCUGAGCAAAAAUCUGAUUCAGAGACUGAAAAGGACUAAAGAUGCUGUUGGAUUCUGACCUCCCUGCACUCGAAGUGGAUUUUCUGGAGCUACAGAAGCCAAAUUGGCGCGCUCUCAACGGCGUUGGAAAGUAGACAUCCUGGGCUUUCCAGCAAUAUAUGAUAGUCCAUACUUUGCCCAAGAUUUGAUGGCCCAAACCUGCGUAGCAAUUCGGCCUCAUAAAUUCCAGCGUUAAACGCCGGAACUGGCAUAAAACUUGGAGUUAAACGCCCAAACUGGCAUAAAAGCUGGCGUUUAACUCCAGAAAAGGUCUCUACACGAAAAUGCUUCAUUGCUUAGCCCAAGCACACACCAAGUGGGCCCGGAAGUGGAUUUUUCUGUCAUUUACUCAUUUCUGUAAACCUUAGGAUACUAGCUUUUACUAUUUAUAGGAUCUUUUGACAUUGUAUCCGAACCUUAUGACCUCAUGACAUUUUUACACGUUUCUUGUGUACCUUCCACAGCAUGAGUCUCUAAACCCCAUGGUUGGGGGUGAGGAGCUCUGCUGUGUCUU